CUCCAUGAAUCCCGCCCGCGAAGACUCCCGCUCGUUGGAAGAGGACGAGACGAGGAGGAGGAGGAGACCGGUGAUGCCGGAAAUGGCGACAGAAGGCAACGGAGGCUGCGACGCUCGGGAUUGGGACGAAGAAGGCUACAGGAAGAGCAUUCUGCAGGAGAGGGAGCUCCGAUGUCGAACCGUCUUUAGGACCGCAUUCGCACCCUCCCAAAGCCCUAACCCCGAAACCGUCGUCGUCGCCUCCAGCGAUGGUGCCGUCGCUUCGUACUCCUUGGCGUCCUGCAUUUCCGCUACCUCUCAGCCUAUGCAUGUAGAUAAGGUUGUCAAUCAAAAAACUCUUCCUGGUCCUUUACUGGCUGAGCCACUUUUUAUCAUUAAAGGGCACAAGGGCCCUGCAUAUGAUUUGAAGUUCUAUUGGCAAGGAGAGGAAUGUUUACUUUUCAGUUGUGGUGAUGAUGGUCACUUACGGGGAUGGAAUUGGAAGGAACUGCUGAAUUCUGACAUUCAUGGGGAUAUGCAAGGAAAUUCUUUGAAGCCAAUACUUGACUUGGCAAAUCCUCAACAUGAGGGUCCUUGGGGUGCUCUAUCUCCAAUACCUGAAAACAAUGCCAUUGCAAUUGACGAACAGGAAGGCUCUGUUUUUUCAGCUGCUGGUGAUGCUUGUGCAUACUCUUGGGAUGUGGAAACAGGAAAACAAAAAAUGGUCUUCAAGGGCCAUGCAGACUAUUUGCAUUGUAUCACUGCUCGUAAAUCUAGUCAUCAGAUUAUAACAGGUUCAGAGGAUGGAACAACACGAAUCUGGGAUUGUAGAAGUGGAAUUUGCACACAAGUUAUACGUCCAGAGAAGAACUUUAAGUCUAAGGUGUCUUCAUGGGUCAGCUGUGUUGCCACUGAUACAAGUGAAAGUUGGCUGGCUUGUGGUACUAGUACUGGGUUAUCAGUUUGGAGUCUGCUAUCUAGUGAAUGCAUUUUCAGCAUAAAUAGUCAUUCCCCGGUGCAAGAUUUACUGUUUGAUGAUCACCAAAUCCUGGCUGUGGGAUCGGAGCCUGUGCUCACUCGUUUCAGCAUCAAUGGAGCUGCACUUUCACAAAUAAAAUGUGCACCUCAGUCGGCAUUUUCCGUAUCCCUUCACCCUUCUGGAGUUAUAGCGAUUGGUGGCUAUGGCGCACUGGUGGACGUCUUAUCACAAUACGGGAGCCAUCUGUGCACGUUUUGCUGUGCAGGCUUGGAUACAUGACAGAAGGUAUUAUUGGUUUGUUGCACCGAGUUCCAAUUCAUGCUUCAGAGAGUGAAAAGCCUUCCCCCGACUUCUCCAAGGAUCCUUUGUAUGGGAUCUUUUCUCCAGAUCUUCUCGUGGUGUACCAUCUUCAUACACUCUGCACGGGAUUUUUCUCUCGAGCAUGGAGACCUGUAAUAGAGUUUGACCAUGUUGAUCCAAGUUUCAGACGAAUGGGUCAGUACCUGAAUCCGUACAGUAGUGUUGCUAGAACUGCCCCUUACUGUGUGCUCCGAGCAUCAGGAUGAAUAAUACUUUGUGGGGAGGGUUUUCUUUUCUGGCCAUGCCAAGGAAUGUGGAUUAAACAGCUAUUUAGUAGGUACGGUCAUUCAGAUAGGCUGUGAUUUUGGCAUUUGUGAUUCGAUGCGAAUGCUGUAAUUGGCUGACUGUGGCUCUUUGCCAAGGCCGAGUCCUCUUCUUUUCGCAUUGAUGCUGGGUGCUUGGUGAUCAAGGGUACACUUAAGGAAAGGUGCAAGAAGCAUUCCUUGCCAUACCGUGUCAUACA